UGUUGCUUAUGUUAAGUUGUAUCUUAUGAAUUAUUGCGACCAGUUAUUAAUAUCGCAAAACAAACCAAAAGUGCCACGAAUAUCGUAUUUUUAUAUCGUAUCUUAAUGUAAAUAAAUCUGCAAUAUCUGGACAACAAAACUUAAAAUAAUGUAAAGGAACAAUGUGAAGAACAUAUAAGACAAUCGAUCUAACAAGAAUUUUGUGGUCGUCAUUACACUAUUCCACUUCCUCUCUCUCUCUCACUCUCUGUCUGUCCGCUGAGCACAGAGAAUUGUAGAGAAGAUGCACAAAUUAUCUAUGACAAAGACGGUUGAUCUGUUACGGUUUGUCAGCCAGAUGUUAGACAAUGAAUUUCUUUGGCCAUGACUAUCUAAGCGGUUUUCGGCGCAUUGAUCAGAUUGGUAAUAGAUAUCAUCAUCCUCAACAUCAACAUCAAUAUCAGCAUCAACAUCAAUAUCAAUAUCAUUGGAGAGAACAAGAACCGCAGUUCUAUCUCAAAGAGACAUUCUUAUGGAAACAGCGUAAGGGUUCCAGAGUUAGCACAAUAAAUGACUGGCUACAAAUACAAAUUGGCGGCUCGGAGGAUGUUAAGAAGAAAAAGCCAAAGAAUCAAAAUCGCAUCAAGUCUACAAAAUACACAUUGCUCACAUUUUUGCCGCAGAAUCUAUUGGAACAAUUUCGACGUAUAGCUAAUUUCUAUUUUCUAGUUAUGACAAUCAUAUCACUAUUAAUCGACAGUCCCGUAUCGCCAAUGACCUCCCUGCUGCCCCUAGUCUUCGUGAUUGCCGUUACAGCUGCCAAACAGGGAUAUGAAGACAUUCUACGCUAUAGAACUGAUAAUGUAGUCAACCGUUCACCGGUGACUGUCAUUAAGAAUGGCGUCGAGGCGAUAAUACAGUCCCAGAACGUUGCACCCGGAGAUCUGAUUGUCGUGGAACGGGAUUGUGAUGUACCCUGUGAUCUGGUAAUACUCCGUUCAACAGAUCCACAUGGCAAGUGUUUCAUAACGACAGCCAACUUGGAUGGCGAGUCGAACCUGAAAACUCUCACGGUACCGAGAGAUCUACCGACCGUACCGAUCGAGGAAAUGCACAAGUUGGGCAUGAUCGAGUGCGAAACUCCCGGCACUGAUCUAUAUAGUUUCAAUGGCAAAAUCGAGCUAGCUGGCGGCGAGGGACGUGUCCUUCCCUUAUCCUCCGAGAAUGUACUGCUGCGUGGAUCUCGCGUCAAGAAUACCGAGUGUGUGAUCGGUUGUGCUAUAUACACGGGCAUGACAACCAAACUGCAGCUGAACAGUCGACUCACCCGCAAUAAGACGGCAUCUAGCGAGACCUAUGUCAACAGAUUUCUAAUAUUUAUACUUAUAGCAUUAAUAGCCAUAGUUACCUUGCUCUAUUUCCUAAAGAGAUAUAAUGAGCUAUUUGUGAUACCAAAGCUAACGUAUUUGGGACCCGCAGCGGAUGGCUAUAGCGUAAAGCAGUUCCUGCAGGAUUACCUAUCGUUUUUGAUACUGUUCAAUUAUUUGAUACCCAUCUCGCUAUAUGUAACCAUCGAGCUGCAGCGUGUGAUUGGUGGUUUCUUUAUGGAAUGGGAUAACGAGCUCUACGAGAAGGAGACGGAUCAACAGUGCAUUGUGAACACAUCGAAUCUGAACGAGGAGCUCGGACAGAUUAAUAUACUCUUCUCGGAUAAAACGGGUACGCUGACCAAGAAUGAGAUGAACUUCCAGCAGUGCUCGAUAGCGGGACACAAGUACAACUAUAAGAAGACACGUUUGGAGGAGGCGGAGACAAAAGCUUUAUUUGACGUUAACAAAUUCAAUAUGGACCAGAAAGUCUUCUUUCAAGCGCUGGCGAUUUGUCACACCGUCCAGGUGGCAGCAAGCAUGACGCCAGAGGCGCCAGUGGAGAGCACCAAUAACCAGGAGACCAUCAAGUCGGGUCCGCCGGAAAUGUACUCGAUUUCCGAUAUUACCGAGGAGAGUCACAACUCUAGUCAGCACAGUGAGCUCAAUGUGAGCAACACGAUUGAAACAUCCUUAUCGGUGCAUCCAAACGGGGUCAAUGCCACAACGACCUCCUCGGAUGUUAAUCCCCUCCUCUUCCCCGAUGACAGCUACAAAGUGGAGCGCCGUAAGCGUCCUCAGGUCGUUAAGCGUAGUCCCAACUUUGCCAGGUCCAACAAGGUGCAUAUUGCAUCCCCUGGCGAGGCGCCUAGCAGUGUAACAUCUGCAAAUGGUCACUCCAGCGGUGGCAUGCAGAGUCCUCCGAUUCUGCGUCCCAUUUCGCUGCAGUUCCAGCGUUCCACCUCGGAGCGGGAUCUGCCACAGUUUGGGGAGGCGCACAAUGCCGCCGCCUUGGGCCAUCGACGUGCCCAUUCUUAUGGCGCACCCAAUGCCUAUCUGUCCAAUCCCGUUGGCAAUCUAACGCCACCCGUCAACGGACUCUUUCGUGCCGGCAGCACUGUAUCCCGAGAAUCCUAUGCGGCGCCCACUUUCACACGCCAGCCGACGAUGCUCAUUCGCGCCGAAUCGCAGCGGCGUAAGCAGGAGAUUCAACAAACGCUGUGCUUGCUGGACUACCAGGCCUCCAGUCCCGAUGAGAAGGCCCUGGUGGAAGCCUGCGCCAACUUGGGACUCGUCUACACGGGCGACGAUGACGAGGUGCUGCGGGUGAGAAUUGUGCCGCCCCAUUUGGACUAUAAGCGUCCGAUAAAUAGCAGUAAACCCAAAGAGGAUGCCUUCCAUCGUCUGCAUGUGCUGGAGUUCACCUCGGAUCGGAAACGCAUGAGUGUGAUUGUUCGAGAUGAGGGGGGCAAGAAGUGGAUCUACACAAAGGGUGCCGAGAGCUAUGUGUUCCCACUGUGCGCAAAUAGCUCGGCCGAUAUGGUUUCCAAAACGGACAAUCACAUCAGUGACUUUGCCCGCUUGGGUCUUCGCACCUUGGCCAUAGCUAGAAGAGAGAUCUCGGAGGUAGAGUAUCUGGAGUUCGUCAACUCUCUGGCUCAGGCCAAUAGUUCGCUGGAGAAUCGUAAGCAGCUAAGCGAGGAAUGCUAUUCAAGGAUUGAAAGUGAUCUCGACCUACUGGGCGCUACAGCUGUGGAGGAUGCUCUACAGGACGAUGUGGCCGAUACUCUGGUAUCUCUGCAGGCAGCUGGCAUCAAGAUUUGGGUGCUGACCGGCGAUAAGGUGGAGACCGCAUUGAAUAUCGCGCUAUCCUGUGGCCACAUUCCACCCGAUGCCAAGAAGUAUAUAAUACUUGAGUGCAAGAGCCGGGAUGAUCUGCUCGUUCAUCUGAAUGUCCUGGAGCGUGAGAUUGUCUUUGGCAUUGGCCAGGAGUGUGCCCUGCUCAUCGACGGCAAGAGUCUUGCGGUUGCCCUUGCCGAUGCACCCACCGAAUUCCGAGAUGUGGCUGUCAAGUGUACGGCGGUACUUUGCUGUCGUCUCAGUCCGUUGCAGAAGAGCGAGGUGGUUGCCCUGAUCAAAUCAUCCAAUGAGAACUACAACACCGCCUCCAUCGGAGAUGGUGCCAACGAUGUGUCCAUGAUCCAGGAGGCUCACGUUGGCAUCGGCAUCAUGGGACGUGAGGGUAGACAGGCGGCACGUUGUGCUGACUUUGCCUUUGCCAAGUUCUGCAUGCUCAAGAGAUUACUCCUUGUGCAUGGCCAUUAUCACAGUGUUCGUCUAUCGUUUUUGGUGCUCUACUUUUUCUACAAGAACAUCUUGUUCAUGGGCAUCAUGUUCCUCUUUCAAUUCCACACGCUUUUCUCCUCAUCCUCUGUCUACGAUUCUCUGUUCUUGACCCUCUACAAUGUGAUCUACACAUCGCUGCCCAUUCUCUUCAUAUCGCUCACCGAGAAGCCGUACACCGAGGAAAAGUUGAUGAAGAAUCCAAAGCUCUAUAAAAAGAACACGGACAACAAGCAACUACAUUGGCCCUAUUUCCUGAUGUGGACCAUAUUUGCGGUGUAUCAUUCAGUGAUAAUCUUUUACUUCGCAUACUGCAUGUUCUCCUUCAACAAUGUAAUCCUGAAUGGAGGACAAACGGCGGCAUUCUCCUGCUUUGGCACUCUGCUUAUUUGGGCUGUGGUGAUCAUAGUGAACCUAAAGCUCUGGCUGGAGUCGAUGUAUCUAUCAUAUUGGUAUAUUGCCACCUUGGUGUUAUCGAUACUUGCAUUUAUGGCUACGACCGUCAUCUAUAAUGUCAUCAAUCUGGAUUACGAUACGGAUAUUUACUGGGCCUAUAACAAUCUAUUGGCCUCCCUACCUGUCUGGCUGUACGUCUUAUUGACAGUCAUUGCCUGCCUCUUACCCGAUUUCACACUGCGUAUGCUGAAGAGAGCUCUCAAUAUCAAGACAUUCAGCAUUUUCCCAGGAAAACAACGAAAACUUGAGAUGCGCAGAAAGUUCGAGUCGACCUACUUAUAAUACUUAGUCUAAGUCCAUCAUUUUUAUACGGUUUAUUUAUUUAUUUUUGUCUUACAUUUAUGUACAUACACAACCA